AUAUAGAGGUGGCAAACUGGUGGUCAGAGGGCUCAAACUCAGUCUCUGGGGAAGUGUGCAAAGAGGUGGAAAGAGAAAUAAGAAGGGAAGAAGAAAGGAAAGAAGGAAAGAGAGACACAGGCAGGCUGCGUGGAAGUUGGAUAUCCUUUCAAGUGCAAUUCUUCACUGCAGGAUGAAUGAAAUGAAAGUAGCCGUUUUGGGCAGCGAAGGGACUGGAAAAUCCGCUCUUACAGUGCGAUUCCUAACCAAACGUUUCAUUGGAGAGUAUGCUUCUGACUCUGAAUGUAUUUAUACAAAACAUAUGUGUCUGGAUGGAAAACAAAUUAAUCUGGAAAUAUAUGAUCCCUGUUCACAACCUCGGCAAGGGAAGCUGUCCCUUACAGAUGAGCUCCACUGGGCAGAUGGCUUUGUCAUUGUGUAUGACAUCAGUGAUCAAACCUCUUUUGCUUUUGCAAAAGCAUUGCUUUGCAGGAUACGAGAGUGCCACAUGGGAGUUUGCAAAAAAGCAUCAGAAUCAACUAUUGUAUUGGUUGGAAACAAACAAGAUCUAUGCCAUAUGCGAGAAGUUGGCUGGGAUGAAGGACAAAAGUUGGCCCUGGAUUACAAAUGCCAGUUCUGUGAACUAUCUGCAGCAGAACAUUGUCAGGAAGUGACAGCCAUGUUCACAAGAAUUCUCAAGAAUGUCACUUCCAAUUCCAAAGGGAAAGAGAAGAGGCGGCCCAGUGGUUCAAAAUCAAUGGUCAAAUUGAUCAACAACAUGUUUGGGAAGAGGAGGAAGUCUGUUUAGCAAAACUCAGGUUGAAUCUGGGCAGAAAAAAGGCAUAACAAAAAGAAUCCUAAUUGACAUGGAGAUCUUACCAAUGUGUUUGCAGGCAGAUGAGGACUUUGGGCCUUUCCAGAAAUAUUAAAAUCCCGAGAGGAAUUGAUAUAAAAUACCGAUUCCUCUCAGGUCUUUGUCCUCACUCCAACCCCCAAAUCCAGGCUUUCUCUCAGGGAGUGCCUAGAUGCCCUCCUGGGUC